CACUCUGGACCGCAAUCUAAACUCGGAUGCACUGGCCAGGUAGACAGGAAAAGCCCCGCGAACAUUUGAAUUUCAUUUCCUGUUUGCCCAGCGUGGAGAGCACAGGUGACCACAGAUAGCUCAUCAGCACAGGUAACCAUGCAGGCUGAUAAUUGAAAAAGAGCACCAGCAUGGACCGUGAGGGAGGUACUGGAUCUGAUCGCUAUAUGGGGAGAGGAUUCAGUGCUUGCAGAACUUCGUUCUAAAAGACGAAAUGCAAAAACUUUUGAAAAAAUCUCCAAGGGCAUGAUGGAGAGAGGCCACAAUAGGGACUCAGAUCAGUGCCGCGUGAAAGUCAAGGAGCUCAUACAAGCCUAUCAAAAAACAAAGGAGGCAAACGGUCGCUCCGGGUCAGAGCCGCGGACAUGCCGCUUCUACGCCGAGCUGCAUGCAAUUCUAGGGGGGGCUGCCACGACUACCCCACCUGUGAUCGUGGAUUCUGGGUCGGGGAUAGUCUCAUCAGCGACGCCUGAGGAUUCUGCCGAUGGGGGAGAGGAGGAGGAGGAGGAUGAGCUUGCAGAGAGCACACAGCACUCCGUUCUCCCCAACAGCCAGGAUCUUUUUAUCACCCUGACUGAAGUACCCUCCCAAGCCAGUACCCAAGACUCUGACCCCAUGGAAGGGACCUCAGCAGCUGCAAAUUCCUCAAGCCUCCCUCCUCCAUCCCGAAGGUUAUCACAGAUAAGGCGUCGUAAGAAGAGAACGCGAGAAGAGAUGUUUUCUGAAAUUAUGGAAUCCAGCCGCAGUGACAGAGCUCAUCUGAAUGAGUGGAAGGAAACGGUUUCAAAGUAUAGGAAAGAAGCCAGUGAACGUGAGGACAGGAGGGACCAACGUGAGGACAGGAGGGACCAACGUGAGGAGAGGAGAGAUGCUCGAGAUGAGAGGUGGCGGCAGGAAGAUCAGAGGAGGCAGGAUGCAAUGCUGGGGCUGCUGCGUGAGCAAACAGACAUGCUCCGGCGUCUGGUGGAGCUUCAGGAACGGCUGCAGGAAAACAGACUGCCGCUUCAGCCCCUGUUCCACCCUCCCCCCUCCCCAUGUUCCGUAUCCUCCUCACCCAGACGUGUAAGAACAUGGGCGGGGGGAGGCUCCGUACACCUUCCCAUUCCACCCCAGUAGACAGCCCAAGCAAAAGGCUGUCAUUUUUUUAACCUUUUCUUAGUGGCUUUUUCCUUCCCAGCAAUCCUCCUCCCAAAUCCUACCCGGGUUCCCUCCCUCUUUUUCUAAUCUAUUAAUAAAGAAUAAAUGAUUUUU